AUGGCAAUCAUAGCUUGCCAACUUGCAAUCGCGGAGGUUUUCAGAUGCCGUCAAGUAAAUGGGGAACCGGCGGACGAUUGGGUGGCAGUUUGCGGCGGAGCCUCCAAGGCAGACCCAAAUAAAUAUGAGAUGACCAAAGCCAACACAGAAGUGAAUGAUAAAGCAGCUCACAAUUGCGUCGGGGCCCCGUUACAAGAAACAAAAUGUUGCCGAAAGAACGCAUUCAAAUUUCAGGAAAACGUGAGCAUUAUUCCAUCUGAACAAUUCUUUCAACUCUCUGAGUCCAAGUUACUAAUUCUUUCAUGA